AUGGUGUUGCCGGCUUGUGAGUACUGUGGCAAGCGGAUGUGCACAUCACAUCUCCUUCCAGAGGUGCAUGGGUGUGGCGAUGCUGCAAAGAAUGCCUCGCAGCGUCAGGCAACUGCAGAUGCAGCUGAAGUGCGACGUCAGCGGAAGCAUAUCGGUUCGGAUGAUGCAAAGGCGCGAUUGGAUCGCCGAAGAGAAGAGUUAGCUGCGCAGCGGCAAAAGAAAGGCCCAAAGAAGAAGCAGUGA